UCGUUCAUGAUGGUGAACUCGUCCCAGCAUGCCGCGGGGGAGCGGGCUCACCUCCUCCUCCGUUCGCUGAGUGAGAACGACACGCACUGCAUCCAGUUCAGCUACUUCCUGUACAGCCGCGACGGCCACUCCCCCGGGGACCUGCAGCUCUACAUCCGGGUCAACGGAGGGCCGUGGGGCAGCGCCGUCUGGAAUGUCUCCGGGUCACAUGGACGCCAGUGGCACCAGGUGGAGCUAGCCGUCAGCACAUUCUGGCCCAGCGAAUACCAGGUGAGCGCUAAUGAUACAUCUGUGUUAACACAUACAUUAUGCUGAUUCUAUAUCUAAAGCUAUGCCGUUAGCACCUUCUGGCCCAGCAAAUACCAGAGAAGAGGCUAUGCUAAUGCUACAUCGACAGUAAUAUGGAUCUAUAACCAGGUGAGGUUUAGAGUGAGUGGCACCAGAUGGAGCUAGCCGUUAGCACCUUCUGGCCCAGUGAAUACCAGGUGAGCGCUAACUGACUGAUUGAUUCGUUGGUUGGUUGGUUGGUUGUUUGAUUGGUUGGUUAAUUAAGAACAGAAUACAUUGGCUUUUAGAGCUGUUGCACAUAUGUUCUAUUCCAGCACUGAUUAAACUGCAGCUGCGGGCUGCAAACUAUGCCAGAGACGGGCCGCUAGUGGGCCACCACAGUAUGCUUGCUAGCUGGGAAUCAUCAGGAGUGGGUCCCAGAGGAGUGGGUAGGGAAACACUACUACACUAUGUCAUGGUGACAACAUGAGAGUAUAAAUGUACUAAAUUAGUGUAUUUGUUUUAUUUUUACAUAUAUGUAUGGCUUAAUUUCCCCCAGUGCAGCAGAGUCAUCAAUAUCUCUUUGUUCUGCCCUGGGUUCAGUUGAUGGUGUUGUUAUGGCUAUUGUGGGUGUGUGUGUGUGUGUGAUGGGCUGUUUGGAGGCAGCCUCAUUAAAUCCUAUGAUUUAUACCUCUAGCCGUCUCUCAUUUGCCCUCCUCCAAAACGCCCUUAACGAGAAGCCAAUAGCUGUGUUUAUGUGUGUGUGUGUGUGUUUUUGUGUGUGACUGUGCGUCUGUCUGUUCUGUGUGUUUUCUCUCCCUUUGAAAUCAAUGGCAGCAGUAAAGAAUUGUGGGAGUUGGUGUGGCUCGGCUGAACAGUCAAUUGACCUCAAUUCCGUGUGACCCUCAGUAGAGGAGUGUUUGCUUCCAUAACCUUGGUCUCCUCUCAGAACGCUGAGCCUGGUCCCAGACACAUCUCAAUAAAUCAAUGCAUCCUAAAUGAGAUUAGGGCCGGUGUGGAUCAGUGUUGUGUGGCAGUAUCCUCAGCUCUGCUGUCCCAGUCCUCACCAACAACACAACCCCAUAGUGAUUAAGAGUUAAUGAUUUUCUUCCUCUCUUCUGCAACAACAUCAAAAGGUUCUCGCCACCGCCACAGUCUCCUACCUUUUUCACACGGUGUAAGAGGGUGUGUGUGUUACCAUUUGAAAGGAAAGGGGAUAUGGGACACGGGGGCGUUGGUAUCCAAUAUCCAAUCAGACCAAGCCUUGCCUGGGCUGGUGGUUAGGUGAAAGUAGAGCUGUGUUUGUUGCGUCUGUCUGAAAACAGAAAUGCAUUAGCGGUAUAAUUUACCACCCUGAUAAUGUGUGUGUACGCUGAAGCAGCCUUGGUGUUAUAUAAGUGGAAAUGAAGACGUGUGGGUGGGUGUGACGUCUUAAGUCUUCCCCCCGGGUACGCAGACAGACGCGGGACAGAUUGCUUUGUUGGUCCCAUAGAGCAGUAAGAGGUUCUGCUGCAGGUAAUGAAGCAGGUAAAAGACUGAGAGGAUGACUGGUGCAGGGUUUUAAUCCUGCCCUGCAAGGAUGUGUCUCUCUGACUGCACUGUGAAGAGGGGGACAGAACAGAAUAGAAUAGAACACAGCCUGGGGCGGGGCACCCUGCCUGGCUGCCUGCCUGCCUCUCACUGCCUCCCAUGUUCUCUCCUCUCUCCCCCUCUCCCCCUUUCCUCCUCUCCUUUUCACCCCCCUAUUCCUCUCCCCUUCUCUGCCAUGAUCUAUCUUCUACUCUUUCCCCAUCUCCCUCUGUCCUCCUCUCCCUUUAUCUCUCUCUCUCUCUGUCACGGCUCAAAGUGCUAGCGAAGGCCCCAGAGGGCCCACUCAUCCAAUCCCACAGAUAAGGAUCACUGUCCAGCAGUCCCAGCCAACAGAUCGGCCCCGUGAGACCCUGACCAACAGCCAGGAACAGACAGAAAGAGGAGAGAGAGACCAGAGAGAGAAGAAGAGAGAACGGGACUGCUUCACAUGGGCUUUAAAAGAAAGAGGGAGAAAGAGAGAGAGGUUGAGAUGGAGAUCAGGUAUCCCUGAGAAGCCCAGAGGGGCCAGCAGGAGGCAGACUGAGAGAUGGACUACGUGCUCUGUAGCUGGAGAUUGAUCAGAGACUGAGCUAGCUAUAGCCCCCCACAGCAAUCACAAAGAAGAGAGCAGUCAGUGAUGUGCCAUUACCAUUCAUUGUCUCUGCCUCAAGUAAUAGUAGAUUAUUCAGAUGUGUCUUGUCGGCUAGAGUGUAGGUAAGAAACUUGUUACUUUGGUAUCAGUGGCAGGUGAACAGUCCCAGUCUUUUGAUAUUUUAAAGAGGGAGAGUUUAGGUGAUUGAGUUUAAUAGGAAAGGUAGCUGCAAACGCUAUCUGAAUAUUCUAUGAAGCUCUCAAGAUGUUCUCCUCCUCGUUUUGUGAAAUCCUGCAUGGGAACGAAGUCAAUAGACAUAGCACUAAAGACUAAAGAGAGAUAAAGACAGAGAGUGAUCACAGCGGCCCUCAGACUUAAAUGUCUCUCCAACUAUCUCUCUGUCUCUCUCUCCACAUCUCUCUUCCUGUCUCUCUCUGUCUCUCUCUCCUCUCCUCACCUCUCUCUUGGGCUCUCUCUCCUCUCUUUGUCCUUCCUCUCUCUCUCUCUCUCUCUCUCUCUCUCUCUCUGUCUCUGUCUCUGUCUCUGUCUCUGUCUCUGUCUCUGUCUCUGUCUCUCUCUCUCUCUCUCUCUCUGUCUCUCUCUCUCUGUCUCUCUCUCUCUGUCUCUCUCUCUCUCUCUCUCUCUCUGUCUCUGUCUCUCUCUCUCUCUCUCUCUCAAUUCAAUUUCAAUUUCAAUUCAAUGGCUUUAUUGGCAUGGGAAACGUAUGUUAACAAGUGAAGUAGAUAGUAAACAAUAAUAUUAAUAUUAAACAUUACACUCAGAAGUUCCAAAAGAAUAAAGACAUUUCAAAUGUCAUAUUAUGUAUAUAUACAGUGUUGUAACAAUGUGUAAAUAGUUAAAGUACAAAUGGGAAAAUAAACAUAAAUAUGUGUUGUAUUUACAAUGGUGUUUGUUCUUCACUGGUUGCCCUUUUCUUGUGGCAACAGGUCACAAAUCUUGCUGCUGUGAUGGCACACUGUGGUUUUUCACCCAGUAGAUAAGGGAGUUUAUCAAUCAAUCAAUCAAUCAAUUUUAUUUUAUAUAGCCCUUCUUACAUCAGCUAAUAUCUCGAAGUGCUGUACAGAAACCCAGCCUAAAACCCCAAACAGCUAGUAAUGCAGGUGUAGAAGCACGGUGGCUAGGAAAAACUCCCUAGAAAGGCGAAAACCUAGGAAGAAACCUAGAGAGGAACCAGGCUAUGAGGGGUGGCCAGUCCUCUUCUGGCUGUGCCGGGUGGAGAUUAUAACAGAACCAUGCCAAGAUGUUCAAAAAUGUUCAUAAGUGACAAGCAUGGUCAAAUAAUAAUCAGGAAUAAAUCUCAGUUGGCUUUUCAUAGCCGAUCAUUAAGAGUUGAAAACAGCAGGUCUGGGACAGGUAGGGGUUCCAUAACCGCAGGCAGAACAGUUUAAACUGGAAUAGCAGCAAGGCCAGGCGGACUGGGGACAGCAAGGAGUCACCACGGCCGGUAGUCCCGACGUAUGGUCCUAGGGCUCAGGUCUCUCAGUUGGCUUUUCAUAGCCGAUCAUUAAGAGUUGAAAACAGCAGGUCUGGGACAGGUAGGGGUUUCGUAGCCGCAGGCAGAACAGUUGAAACUGGAAUAGCAGCAAGGCCAGGCGGACUGGGGACAGCAAGCAAUCAGAAUUGGGUUUGUUUUCAAAUUCUUUGUGGAUCUCUGUAAUCUGAGGGAAAUAUGUGUCUCUAAUAUGGUCAUACAUUUGGCAGGAGGUUAGGAAGUGCAGCUCAGUUUCCACCUCAUUUUGUGGGCAGUGUGCACAUAGCCUGUCUUCUCUUGAGAGCCAGGUCUGCCUACGGUGGCCUUUCUCAAUAGCAAGGCUAUGCUCACUGAGCCUGUACAUAGUCAAAGCUUUCCUUAAGUUUGGGUCAGGUAUUCUGCCACUGUGUACUCUCUGUUUAGGGCCAAAUAGCAUUCUAGUUUGGUCAGUUAUUUUUGUUAAUUCUUUCCAAUGUGUCAACUAAUUAUCUUUUUAUUUUCUCAUGAUUUGGUUGGGUCUGAUUGUGUUGUUGUUGUAAUGUGGCUCUGUGGGGUAUGUUUGUAACUAGAAAGUCUGGGAAACUGAAGAUGGUACUUUAUCUUAGCAGUGUGUGUAUUCAGGGCACAGAGUGAACAGGCUGUAGCCUAGAGAGAUUGUAGCCUAGCUUGUGUACUUGUAGCAGGGUGUAUUCUGUGGUGCAGGUAGAGCACCUGCCUCUGCACAGCCGGAUCAUUGUAUUUAGCCCUCUUUCAGCUGCUUUCUCUCGCUCUCUCUCCAUCCCUCUCGCUCCUCUCGCUCUCUCUCUCUCCCUCCCCUAUCUCUCUCUCUUGUUCUGGUUGAGCACUGAUUAUUCAUGUCUCUCUGUCUCUCUCUCUCUCUCUCUCUCUCUCUCUCUCUCUCUCUCUCUCUCUCUCUCUCUCUCUCUCUCUCUCUCCCUCUCUCCCCCUCUCUCUCUCUCCAUACCUCUAUGUCUACCUCUCUCUGCUAUCAAUUCAAUUCAAAGGGCUUUAUUGGCAUGGGAAACAUAUGUUUACAUUGCCAAAGCAAAUGUAAUCGACAAUAAACAAAAGGGAAAUAAACAGGGAAACAUUAGUGAACAUGACACUCACAAAUGUUUUAAAAGAAUAGACAUUUCAAAUGUUAUAUUGUUGUAAUAAUUUGCAAGUAGUUGAAGUAUAAAAGGUAAAAUAAAUAACCAGAUAAAUAUAGGUGGUAUUUACAAUGUUGUUUGUGCUCCACUGGUUUCACUUUCUCAUGGCAACGGACCACAAAUCUUGCUUCUGUGAUUGCACACUCCAGUAUUUCACCUAACAGAUAUGGGAGUUUAUCAAUGUUAGAUUUUUAUUUAUUUUUUUAUGUUGGUCUGUGGGAAUAUAUGUCUCUAAUGUGGUCAUACAUUUGGCUGGAGGAUAGGAAGUGUAGCUCAGUUUCCACCUCCUUUUGUGGGCAGUGGGCACAUAGGCAGACCUGGCUCUCAAGAGAAGACAGGCUAUGGUGGCCUCUCUCAAUAGCGAGUCUGUACAUAGUCAAGCAUUUUCUUAGUUUGGGGUCAGUCACAGUGGUCAGAUAUUCUGCCACUGUGUACUCUCUGUUUAGGGCCAGAUAGCAUUCCAAUUUGCUAUUUUUUCUGGUUGAUUCUUUCUAGUGUGUAAAAUAGUUAUCUUUUUGCUUUCUCAUAAUUUGGUUGGGUCUAAAUGUGUUUCUGUCCUGGGGCUCUGUGGGGUCUGUUUGUGUUUGUGAACAAAGCCCCAGAACCAGCUGGCUGAGGGGACACUUCUCUAGGUUCAUCUCUCUGUAGGUGAUGGCUUUGUGGUGGAAUGUGUGGGCAUCACUUCCUUUUAGGUGGUUUUAGAAUUUAACAGCUCUUUUCUGGAUUUUGCUAGCUAGCUGCUAUAGUCCUAAUUCUGCUCUGCAUGCAUUGUUUGGGGUUUUACGUAGUACGCAAAGUAUAUUUUUGCAGAUUUCUGCAUGCAGAGUCUCAAUUGGGUGUUUGUCUUUCUGGUUGAGCUCUGAUUAUUCAUGGCUCUUGGUGCUAUCAGUCCUGGGCAGGCUCCGAGAACAGCCUGGGUUUUAGGAGACGAGGGACAGGGGGAUGGAACCAAGCCAGAAAACGGAAGGAGGAAAGACAUCUCUCUUUCUCGCACUUUCUCUCUUUCUUUUGUCUCAAUAAGUUCAGGAGUAAAAAUGUGCUUAACAAGUCACAUAAUAAGUUGCAUGGACACACUGUGUGCAAUAAUGGUGUUUAACCAGAUUUUUGAAUGACUACCUCAUCUCUGUACCCAAACACGUACAAUUAUCUGUAAUGUCCCUCAGUCGAGCAGUGAAUUUCAAACACAGAUUCAACCACAAAGACCAGGGAGGUUUUCCAAUGCCUCGCAAAGAAGGGCACCUAUUGGCAGACAUUGCAUAUCCCUUUGAGCAUGGUGAAGUUAUUAAUUACACUUUGGAGGGUGUAUCAAUACAUCCAGUCACUACAAAGAUACAGGCGUCCUUCCUAACUCAGUUAGGAACUCCCUGGGAGGAAGGAAUCCACUCAGGGAUUUCACCAUGAUGACUUUAAAUGGUUUAAAUGGUGACUUUAAAACAGUUACAGAGUUUAAUGGCUGUGAUAGGAGAAAACUGAGAAUGGAUCAACGACAUUGUAGUUACUCCACAAUACUAACCUAAUUGACAGAGUGAAAAGAAGGAAGCCUGUACAGAAUAAAAAAUAUUCCAAAACAUGCAUCCUGUUUGCAAUAAUGCACUAAAGUAAUAUUGCAAAAAAUUUGGCAAAGCAAUUAACUUUUUGUCCUGAAUACAAAGUGUUAUGUUUGAGGCAAAUCCAAUUCAACACAUUACUGAGUACCACUCUUCAUAUUUUCAAGCAUAGUUGUGGCUGCAUCAUGUUAUGGGUAUGCUUGUAAUCGUUAAGGAAGUUUUUCAGCAUAAAAAAUAAACGGAAUGGAGCUAAGCACAGGCAAAAUCUUAGAGAAAAACCUGGUUCAGUCUGCUUUCCACCAGACACUGGGAGAUUAAUUAACCUUUCAGCAGGACAAUAACCUAAAACACAAGCCAAAUCUACAAUGGAGUUGCUUACCAAGAAGACCGUGAAUGUUCCCCAGUGGCCGAGUUACAGUUUUGACUUGAAUCUACUAGAAAAUCUAUGGCAGACCUGAAAAGGGCUGUCUAGCAACGAUCAACAACCAAUUUGACAGAGCUUGAAGAACUUUGAAAAUAAUAAUGGGCAAAUGUUGCACAAUCCAGGUGUGGAAAGCUCUUAGAGACUUACCCAGAAAGACUCACAGCUGUAAUCGCUGCCAAUGGUGCUUCUACAAAGUAUUGACUCGGGUGUGAAUACUUAUGUAAAUGAAAUAUUGAUGUAUUUCCUUUUCAAUACAUUUGCAAACAUUUCUAAAAACAUGUUUUCACUUUGUCCUUAUGGUUUAUUGGGUGUAGAUGGGUGAGAUUUAUUUAUUUAUUUAAUCCAUUUAGAAUUCACGCUGUAACACAACAAAAUGUGGAAUAAGUCAAGGGGUAUGAAUACUUUCUGAAGGCACUGUAGUUAUGUGUCCCUAUUUCCUCAGCCUACUAGAUGAAGGAGGUCCACUGAAUCUCAGGUCAUAUAUUACUGUGUUUUACUGCCACAAUGUCAAUACCAGUCAAUACCAUUCUACCCUCAUUCCACUUUAUUAACCAAAACAAAUCCAUCAACAGAACAUUCUGGCAAUAACUGUACAAAGUGUUCCUGUUUCUCCAACUGUUUCUGAAGCUGUUGAAUUAAUUAAACCACUUGUGUGGAUCGAUGGAGUCUGUCGGUGUACAAAUUGAAAGCUUUAUCAUAAGAACGCAUGCUUAAAUAACAACUCCCAUAGCGAUAAAAAUGAAAACCAGAAUCCAGAAAUAUUAAUUACCCAACAAAUCCUCUCUCUAUUGCAAUCCUUUAUCGCCAGCCAGCCAACAAACCAGCCAGCCUACCAGCGAGCCAGCCAGUCAGCCACCCAGCCAGCCACCAAACCAGCCAGCCAGCCGAUUAUAUGUAUUCCCUUUGAGGACUGGGAAGGGAACAGGGCAGGGAUGCAGCAUAGAGAAGUGUGUAAAUCUGCACCAUUAGCUUUUAUGAGGUGAACUGAACGGGUGCUGUAGCAGCUAGGGGGAGAGGAAAGCUCAUGUUAAAAUGUAUGAGUUAAUUUUAAUUUUUUUCCUUUUAUCCCUCCUCUUCCUCCUCCUCCUCCUCCCUCCAUCCCUCCUCCCGGUAUCUGAAGGCAGUGGUUUUGUGAUCCAUAUUCAGAGUUUGGUGUGUGUUAUUAUUUCCCCCAUCUUGCUCUGCUUGGAUGAUGAAACAGCUCUAUAGCCUGAGAGACAGACAGCAGCAUGCAGCAGCACCCCACUAGUUUCCGCAAGCCUGGCCUUGAUUCUCACAUCACGGUUGUUUUUUGGAAGUGUUAUAUCUACCUCGCUCCUCUCUCCGUUCUCCUUGUAGCUAUGCCUGGUUGCAACAAGAGGAAACAGGUAAAGAAAGCAGGAAGACUGUCUCAACCUUGAGCUGAAGACGAUUCUGUUCCUUUGAACAAAUCCACCUUUACUUUGUGUGCAGUGAUAGAUAGAUUUUUCCUUUCUUUGCCUGUGUGGGUAUUGGAGAUAAGGGUGUUGCAGGUGUGGGUAGUAGAGAUGUUGGGGAACUUUGCUAUCAAAUAUUUACGAUGCUAUCGGGCCCAUCGUGACUGCCAAUAUCAAUGUAGCUUAGCCUACACCCUCUCUCCUUACAUCUCACUCUCACUCUCUCCCUCCUCUCUCUCUCUCUCUCUCUCUCUCUCUUUCUUUCUCUAUCUCUGCCCCUCUUUCUGUCACUCUUUCCAUUUCUCCCCCUCUCCCUCUCUGCUCUGUGUAUGGUCUGAUGCUGAUAGUCAGGUAGGGUCAAGGCUCUGUGCAGUGCUGAGCGAGUGAAUGGAUGGCCGGGUGUUUCGAGGUGUGUGUUAGGGCUGUCCCUGACAAAAAAAUAUCUUGGUUGACCAAGAGUCGUCUGUUCUUGAUUGGUCUAAAUUUUAAAACGUGUAUUCUAUAUAUAGACACGUCCUAUGUGUUUUAAUCAAAUCAACUAUAUGCACUGAGCUUAUCUGAUGCUUUAAGUGCACUGUUUAAUGAAAUAAUUAAGACACACAAAUUACUAAAAGGAGUCCUGCCGCAAUUGAUUUGAUUGUGCCACCUGGCUCAGACUUGCUGCACUUUGUUAAAAAAAGACAGCGAGUGACUGUGUGUCUAGCACCCGUUGUGUCUCUCUCCUCCUUGCUGCAGCGACCACCACAGAGCAUCAGUGUGUAUAGCGCUGUCUGUGUUGCUGAAGCUACGACAUAAUUACAGCCAUUUCUGACUGAAAAGUUAUGUUACCGAAAUCCCAAAUUUGUUUAGGAAAAACAUUCCCUAUUCCCUCAACCCUUGCUCUCCUUAUGUGACACAUGUAUGCAUCGCAUGCACGUAAUAAAUAGGGCCCGGCCUGUAGCAUAUUAUAAUCACAUCAAUACAUUGGUUAUAACAAACUCUGAACACCGUAACACAUGACAGCAAAAUGGAUGCAGAGGACGUGACAAAUAAACUUGAAACGGGGGAAUGUUUACUGGUUGUGCAGGAGGUAAAGGGGAAGUCACAUGUGUGGAAUACAUUUGACUAGUUGUGGAAAAUACUGGAGAUCAAGAAAAAUAAGGUAUGGAGCAAGCGCUGCGUGUAUAUUAUGUGUGCCAAACAGGUGCUGUUAGAUUACAAAAUAAUUUUUCGGACCGUUUCUGUAGGGUCACUUUGAUACUCUAUUUUAAAAAUAAAAAUUAAUUGCAUUUCACAUCAUGAAUGACUCGUAUGCUGUGUGACGACAUGAACAAAUAAAUGAUUUAUUGAUACAGUAGCCUAUAUAUGUAUUGAAAUAUAGGCCUAAGUAAGUUACAGUAGUAAGUAUUAAGACUAAACAGUAUGCGCUCUUAGGCCUACAGCUCGAUGGUGGUUAUAGAAGGCUGCUAUACCUACUAAUGAUAAUGAUGUUACUUAUUAUUAUAAGGAUGAUCAUAAAAAUAAUAAUAGUAACAAUAAGAAUGAGAUCAAGGGAAAAGGGUUAUUAUUAUAAAUAUAAAAAAGAACCACGAUCUGUCUUAUUUCUGUAUAUAUAAAUGGAUGAUUUAUAAAACCAGGCACAUUUAACAGUUAGGCUUUUGAUUAUAGACCUAAUUAAGUUGGGGUUUCCUCUCUCCUCACUUUUUUUAGACAAUCUGCUGCUGCCUCCGCCGCAUUGUUCUCAACACCAAUUUGAUGGUUAACUUUGCUGUUAUGCACAUAGCAACAUGGUCUAGGAAAAGGCUGCGAUUCAACAGCACACUGAUGUGUUUCAGAACUGCGGACAGCGACCACUAUCCAACAUGGGAGAAAGCGCAUUUGUUAUAAAAAAUGUUUUAUUUUAUUUGUGUUGCACCAUUGUUCUUACAUAAUUUUUUUACAUUUUAGUCAUUUUAGCAGACGCUCUUAUCCAGAGCGACUUACAGUUUUAGUGAGUGCAUACAUUUUUCAUACUGGCCCCCCGUGGGAAUCGAACCCACAACCCUGGCGUUGCAAGUGCCAUGCUCUACCAACUGAGCUACAGGAGGCCACAUAAUAUAACCAUAUACAAUUUCAGUAGCACAUAUCUUAGAGUGACUGUGCCAUCCCAACGUCCUCCACAAUGGAUCAGUCCACUCAGACAGGCGUGAAUCAGACAGGUGUCUUGUACACCAUGAUUUUUAAAAGCAUUACAUUUUUUUCGCUACUGCUCGACAAAAUAAAUCUUGGUUGACUUACAGCCUAUCAACCAAACAAUCGACCAGUCGACUAAAUGGGGUCAGCCCUAGUGCGUGCGCGUCGGGGUGCGUCAGCGCCUGAUGAAUGGAGAAGAUAAUUGUCCGGACUUCUCUAAUGGCCCACGCAUAAGAUUGAAGAAUACUAAUAAAUGACCAGACAUGGAAGUGUGGCCUGUAUCCAUCUGCGGAGGCCUUGUGUGGUGCUAUCGAUCCAGACCAGGCACUUAGAGCCUGAGGUAUUGGUCAACACAGAGACGCACUGGGGCUGCUUCCAAAUUUCACCCUAAAAGUAGUGCACUAUGUAAGGAAUAGGGUGACAUUUGGGGCGCUCCCAGACUCCUUGGAGUGUGUGAUAGUGGAAUCUGAACUAUCAGAGUCUGCUGGUUUCAGUCAUAGCUAGCAUAAUAUUGUAUGUGUGAGUGGGUGAAACACAUCAGCUAUUAUCUACACCUCUGAUGAGAUUUUAGGAUUUUUAGAGCUUUACACUGUGUGGCUGUCAGUGACGUAUCCAUUGGGUCCAUUGUGCCAGAAAAGCUCAAUCAAGCCCAGCUAAAUUACUUGAAAGUAAAGUGCUAUUUGAAGUCUGGAAUCUAUGAAUGCAGUAAACCCCAUCUGCAUGGAUUGCAGUGUUUAUGUAUUUGUUGUGCCUCUGCGGUAAAAUAGUAAAUUGUCCCUCAGUAAACGAUAUGGGUUAUUGUGGCAGUAAUGAUUUUUCAGCGGUCCAGAUUCACUCUGGUUCUCUGUGGGAGGGAUCUGGGAUUCACUUUGGUUUCUCUGCAUGACGCUGGAUUCAUUUAGAUGAGUGAGUAGAGAUUUGGGCAGCGCUCAAUGACUCCUGUGGGUCCCAUGUUCUGUGUGUGUUCUCUGAUGAAGAGAGAGAGAAAGAUGGCUGUUUGAAAGAGAGUGAGGGAGGGGAGGGAGGGAAAGAGGGAGAGAUGCCUGUGUGAAACGAGGCUAUGUUAAACUAUAGAUGUUUGAGCAGUGGGAUUCGCCACCAGACAGGCCUCCGUGGAUUCAAAGACAAGCUGUUUGAUUAGGACUUCCUCUCACUCUGCCUCCAGUCCUUUCUCUCUCUGUGUUGCAUAACGUGAAUUCCUUUCUUCCUUCCUCCUCAUCUCUCCAUCGUCUGUUCCGUUCUCCUCUCAUCUCUCUGUUGUCUCUCCUCAGGUGGUGUUUGAAGCAUCCGUCUCGGCAGAACGGCGAGGCUACAUCGCCAUUGACGACAUCCUGCUGCUCAACUACCCCUGCUGUAAGUAGCUACCCACCACACGACAGCACCAAGGUCCCAAUGUACACCAGCCCAAAAAACACCGCCCCAACACACCAACAUAGCAAACCCAGCGCACCACUAUACCAAUCUAUCACCAACGCACCGUAUCAAUGCACCAAGGCACCAAAGUACUAAUGUACCAAUGUACUUCAGAACAGAGCCAGUGACCUUUUACAAAGAAAUGGGACAAUGCAUGUCUGGGCGCUCAGGGGUGGACAGACCGACAAAGUCAGACGGACAGAGGCCUGUACAGUAAUCAGCGAAGGCACUGCGCUCAAAGCCAGAGACUGUUCUGAGAGGCUUUUGGCAUGUGUACACCUGUCUGAUUUCCCAUGGUUCAUGGCUGCACAGCGCCACUCCUUUUGUCCCGGUCGAAAGGACAGCGAGCUGGUGACCUUUAUCUUCCUGACGGCUCGGCACGUCUCUCCACUCUCCCCGUCACCAAGACGAGCCCACUCUCCCAGAGCUAAUAUACUGAUCCUGGAAACACACACAUGCACUGUUCCAAGAAAACAGCGGGCAGCAGGCGAACGGCCUCUCGUCGCAUGUUGUUUAAUCUUCCUCUCCAUCAAGGCAUGACGAGAGUAGCAGUAGUCUGAGGUCUCUAGCUGGACCAUAAUGACACAUGGUGACACUCUGAGAGAUUUCCCCAUUAUAGCUAACCCCCCUCCCUCAGUGCAAACACCCUUCACCUCCACAACCCCCUUGCUUCUCUAAAGCAGAUACUCUUUGUCUCUCCCACAGCAGCACUCACAGCAGUCUGACACACCAUGGUGUUCCUUUGGAAUAUUUCCCCAGUAAAACCUCACUCCUUCAGUGCAGCCCCUCCCUACAACCAUAUGCCUCUACAGGCUCCCUGGCCAUCAUUCUCCUCAGACACUCACCUGCUGUCCCCAUAACUAUUACCUCUACAGCAGAGCAGGCUCAGUGCAAUGCCUGCGUCCCAAAUGGCACCCUAUUCCCUACAAAGUGCAUUACUUUUGAUCAGAGCCCUGUGGUCCCUGGUCAAAAGUAAUACACUAUAUAGGGUGCAAUUUGGGAUGCAGACAUACAUACAGAGAGCCCUCAGUUGUGCUGACAAUGUGUGACAGAGUGUAUAGGAGUGGUGCUGAGGCCUGACACAGUUUCCACUGACUAACAAUGACCCCUGGGGACUCCAGGGAACAUUGAGCCAGCCAGAUCCGUAAUGGAGCUUGAGCCAAGAUGCGGUUGGUCUCGAGCCAAGAUGGCCCCUGUCUUGGCUCGCUAUAAAGGGAUAAUCCUCAGUGAAAAGCAGAAACUGCGGGCUGGUAAGAAAUGUUAAUGAAUGAUAAUGGAGGGCGUUUAUGAGCUCAUGAAGUUCAGACAGCUUUUACCGCCAGUAUAAAAAGUAAUAUAUAUAUAUUAUAUAUAUAUAAACAGCCAGGCCUUUAAGUUACUCUAUCUCUCUAUCUCUCUCUAUCUCUCUAUCUCUCUCUCUCUCUCUCUCUAUCUCUCUCUAUCUCUCUAUCUCUCUCUCUCGCUCUCUCUCUCUCUCUCUCUCUCUCUCUCUCUCUCUCUCUCUCUCUCUCUCUCUCUCUCUCUCUCUCUCUCUAUCUCUCUCUCUCUCUCUCUCUCUCUCUCUCUCUCUCUCUCUCUCUCCAAAACUACCAGAGAGAAGCUCAUCUCAUCUUAAACUUUGAACACUUAGCCUCUGUCACCUGAACGUUGGCCAGCCUGUGUGCAUUUCCAUGGUGAUAUUAGAGUGGUUGCCAGGGCCGUGUGUGUGUGACGGGUACGUCUCUUGGCCCUGAUGCAGAUGGCACCUCCCUGGCCCCCGCCGUCCCCAUUAAAUAAUCAACACUCUCAUUAGAAGAUGCUGCCAGGGCCCUCCACGGAACCUCUUAAACGCACACACACUCCAAGCUGCAACAAUGCCCCCUAAAGCAGCAGAAAUAACUUGUUUGGUCUGCAGGAGAAUCAAGUCUCUCUUAUAUUCACAUUCCAACACGCUUGACAUUUCAGUUAUUUUCUCCAGAGUCACUCUCAUUAUUCCAAACACGUGUUACGGUCAAACGAAAUCGCUGUGAAAUUGAAGUUUUCCUUUGGAUAUAAGAGUGUGACUUACCUGCAUAACAACCUACUAAACAGGUACGGGCCAUUAUGUGGUGUGAAACCUUACUCACCGUUCUUAAUCCUUGGUGUGAGCCCAUGAAACUACAUGGAUUCAGCAUUAAACAUUAGGGCCAAGGCUGGGAUUGUGUACACUACCGGUCAAAAGUUUUAGAACACCUACUCAUUCAAGGGUUUUCCCUUAUUUUUGCUAUUUUCUGCAUUGUAGAAUAAUAGUGAAGACAUCAAAACUAUGAAAUAACACAUAUGUAGUAACCAAAAAAGUGUUAAACAAAUCAAAUAUGUUUUACAUUUGAGAUUCUUCAAAUAGCCACCCUUUACUUUGAUGACAGCUUUGCACACUCUUGGCAUUCUCUCAACCAGCUUGGCUAUUUGAAGAAUCUCAAAUCUAAAAUAUAUUUUGAUUUGUUUAACACUUUUUUGGUUACUACAUGAUUCCAUAUGUGUUAUUUUAUAGUUUUGAUGUCUUCACUAUUAUUUUACAUUGUAGAAAAAAAAGAAAAACCCUUGAAUGAGUAGGUGUUCUAAAACUUUUGACUGGUAGUGUAUGUGUGUAUGUGCGCAUGCGUGUGUGCGUGUGUGUUUGCUGAAAGACUACCAACUACGUGCAGAAAUCAAUUUAGCUGCAGCUCAUCCCUCCCUGCUCUUAUUGGAGCAGAAGAGAAAAAAAGAGAGAGUGAAAAUAACAAGAGAGGAGAACAGAAAUGAGAGAGGUGGGCAGAUGUCCGUUUCCAUGGAGACUCGUGAUAGGAGUGUCAUGUGUACGGAGGACAGUCUCUCUCUUCCUCUCCUCCUCUUUUCCCAUCUUUUCUCUCGCUCUCUUUUUUGUUCAGUAUAAGAAAUGUCCUUCAUAAUACAGUCUGUUAUUUUAAAGUAAUUCCCCACUUUACCAGGGACAACAGUGCUCGCUUUGCUUGUGUGAAAGAAUACCACACGCUGUGCUUGCAAAGUACCACUUUUUAUUUCUGUGCUACUAGUGUUUCAGCCUCAGCCUUUUCCUCUUGAGUUCCUACUGUACGUACAAAGCUCACCAGAGAAUACCAUUGUUGUUAUAGUAUAGACCUAGCAUCAUCUCAACGUAAGUCACUGGAAACAUUUUGAAAGAUUUAUUUAAAUUAUAUUGUAAUUGUAAUGCAUUAGCCAGACAGAAUAGUAACUAUUUAAAACGCUUUUCACUAAAUUGAAUCUAACAUCUCAAGUAGGCAAUAACCCAAGUGCCUUAACCCUUCCCUUACAUUCCAAAACGCUAUACACGGAUGAUGCACCACAAUGUAUUUCCAGUAGCGAGGAUAUCCUAUUUUUUAUGCUGUUUUUGCAGAGUUGAUAGACCCAACUGUAAAAAAAUGUAGAGCCAAAUGUUUGAUACAUGUACCGGAGUAAUAAAUCAAUCAAAUUAUGACAUUUUAUGACAUUUAUGACAUGUUUAGCUCAUUUAUAGCCAACCUCCAGAUCACUGUCCCUCAGCCACUGAACAUCACAGGGAAAACAUACUUACAUCCUUGUGAUAGUGUCAACGUCUGGGUGAAGUGAUGAAACGGAAUCAGGCGCAGGACACAGAACUGAGAAAUGAAUGGAUUUACUAAAACAAAAGUAAACCAUAACAAACCCUCCACGCAGGGAAGAGCAGUAACAAAGAGGUUAUGGGAGCUGCUACCUGGCCAAAGCCCUGGAUAAAUCUCUGCACCUCCUUUACCGUGGUAGGAGUCGGCCAACUACGCAUGGCUGAAAUGCGGUCACACUCCAUCUCGACCCCUGACUCUGACAGGCGGUAUCCUAAGAAAGAGACGGACUGUUUGAAGAAGAGGCAUUUCUCAGCCUUAACGUACAGGUCAUGCUCCAACAGUCUACCAAGCACCUUGCGCACCAGGGACACAUGCUCGUUGCGUGUAGCGGAGUAGAUGAGAAUAUCAUCUAUAUACACCACUACACCCUGUCUGUGCAGAUCCCUGGAAAUCUCAUCGACAAAGGAUUGAAAGACUGAGGGAGCAUUCAUCAACCCGUACGGCAUGACGAGGUACUCAUAGUGACCAGAGGUGGUACUAAAUGCCGUCUUCCACUCGUCCCCUUCCCGGAUAUGGACCAGAUUGUACGCGCUCCUGAGGUCCAAUUUCGUGAAGAAGCGCGCCCCAUGCAAUGACUCCGUCAUACUAGCUAUGAGAGGUAGAGGAUAGCUGUAUUUUACGGUUAUCUGAUUUAGACCUCAAUAGUCAAUGCACGGGCGUAAACCUCCAUCCUUCUUCACAAAAAAUAAACUUGAGGAGGCAGGGGAAGUGGAGGGCCGACUGUAUCCCUGUCCCAGAGAUUCGGUGACAUAUGUCUCCAUAGCCACCGUCUCCUCCUGUGACAGAAGAUACACGUGACUCCUGGGAAGUGCAGCGCCCUCCCGGAGAUCUAUCGCACAAUCCCCUCGUCGAUGGGCUGGUAAUUGAGUCGCCUUCUUCUUACAGAAGGCGAGAGCCAAAUCGGCAUAUUCUGAGGGAAUGUGCAUAGUGGAGACCUGGUUUGGACUCUCCACCGUAGUUGCCCCUACGGAAACACCUACACACCUUCCCGAGCACGGAGGUGACCAUCCCUUAAGAGCCCUCUGUUGCCACGAAAUCCUGGGGUCAUGGGUGGCUAGCCAGGGAAGCCCCAGCACCACGAGAGACGCAGGAGAAUCGAUAAGGAAGAGACUAAUUUUCUCCUCAUGACCCCCCUGCGUCUCCAUCCGGAGUGGAACUGUGACCUCCCUAACCAUACCCGACCCUAAAGGGCGACUAUCUAGGGCACGUAUGGGGAAGGGCACAUCUACAGGAAAUAUAGGAAUCCCUAAUUUAUGCGCAACCAGCCUAUCCAUAAAAUUCCCAGCUGCGCCAGAAUCUACGAGCGCCUUAUGCUGGGAAUGUGGGGAAAACCCUGGGAAAUUUACAUUAACCAUCAUGUGAGCAACAGGGAGCUCUGGGUGAGUUGGGUGCCUACAGAGGUAAUUAUAGGGAAACAAAUAAGCAUAAUGGGUAACAGGUGUGAAUAAUAAAGACAAGACUAGUGUAACACAGAAACAUCGAUCGGUGGCAGCUAGUACUCCGGUGACGACGCCGAAGCCUGCCCGAGCAAGGAGGAGGGGCAGCCUCGGCUGUAUUCGUGACAGAUAGUCAUGGUUAGACCUUUACUGCACAGAAGACCAUUGUCUCCAGCUCAAAGGUCAAAUUGCAGGUCAAGUACAGAGUAUUAUUUAUUACAUUUUUAAGGUUAUUACUCCUACCUUUAGGACUAGAUGAGGGGUCAUGGUGAAAAAAAUAUGUUCAAUAGUAUUUUUGUGAUUAAAAUCUCAGUUGCCACAACAUAAGGGAAGGGUUAAGGUUAAAGCAGAGCAGACUGCAGGUAUGUAAUAGCCAGCUUUUAUAUACAGUGAGGGAAAAAAGUAUUUGAUCCCCUGCUGAUUUUGUACGUUUGCCCACUGACAAAGACAUGAUCAGUCUAUAAUUUUAAGGGUAGGUUUAUUUGAACAGUGAGAGACAGAAUAACAACAAAAAAAUCCAGGAAAAGCAUUUAAAAAAUGUUAUAAAUUGAUUUGCAUUUUAAUGAGGGAAAUAAGUAUUUGACCCCUCUGCAAAACAUGACUUAGUACUUGGUGGCAAAACCCUUGUUGGCACCAAGUACGUUUCUUGUAGUUGGCCACCAGGUUUGCACACAUCUCAGGAGGGAUUUUGCUCCACUCCUCUUUGCAGAUCUUCUCCAAGUCAUUAAGGUUUCGAGGCUGACGUUUGGCAACUCGAACCUUCAGCUCCCUCCACAGAUUUUCUAUGGGAUUAAGGUCUGGAGACUGGCUAGGCCACUCCAGGACCUUAAUGUGCUUCUUCUUGAGCCAUUCCUUUGUUGCCUUGGCUGUGUGUUUUGGGUCAUUGUCACCCAUCCACGACCCAUUUUCAAUGCCCUGGCUGAGGUAAGGAGGUUCUCACCCAAGAUUUGACGGUACAUGGCGCCGUCCAUCGUCCCUUUGAUGCGGUGAAGUUGUCCUGUCCCCUUAGCAGGAAAACACCCCCAAAGCAUAAGGUUUCCACCUACAUGUUUGACGGUGGGGAUGGUGUUCUUGGGGUCAUAGGCAGCAUUCCUCCUCCUCCAAACACGGCGAGUUGAGUUGAUGCCAAAGAGCUCGAUUUUGGUCUCAUCUGACCACAACACUUUCACCCAGUUCUCCUCUGAAUCAUUCAGAUGUUCAUUGGCAAACUUCAGACGGCCCUGUAUAUGUGCUUUCUUGAGCAGGGGGACCUUGCGGGCGCUGCAGGAUUUCAGUCCUUCACGGCGUAGUGUGUUACCAAUUGUUUUCUUGGUGACUAUGGUCCCAGCUGCCUUGAGAUCAUUGACAAGAUCCUCCCGUGUAGUUCUGGGCUGAUUCCUCACCGUUCUCAUGAUCAUUGCAACUCUAUGAGGUGAGAUCUUGCAUGGAGCCCCAGGCCGAGGGAGAUUGACAGUUCUUUUGUGUUUCUUCCAUUUGCGAAUAAUCGCACCAACUGUUGUCACCUUCUCACCAAGCUGCUUGGCGAUGGUCUUGUAGCCCAUUCCAGCCUUGUGUAGGUCUACAAUCUUGUCCCUGACAUCCUUGGAGAGCUCUUUGGUCUUGGCCAUGGUGGAGAGUUUGGAAUCUGAUUGAUUGAUUGCUUCUGUGGACAGGUGUCUUUUAUACAGGUAACAAGCUGAGAUUAGGAGCACUCCCUUUAAGAGUGUGCUCCUAAUCUCAGCUCGUUACCUGUAUAAAAGACACCUAGGAGCCAGAAAUCUUUCUGAUUGAGAGGGGGUCAAUACUUAUUUCCCUCAUUAAAAUGCAAAUCAAUUUAUAACAUUUUUGACAUGUGUUUUUCUGGAUUAUUUUGUUGUUAUUCUGUCUCUCACUGUUCAAAUAAACCUACCAUUAAAAUUAUAGACUGAUAAUUUCUUUGUCAGUGGGCAAACAUACAAAAUCAGCAGGGGAUCAAAUACUUUUUUUCCCUCACUGUGACUAUGACAAUUAGGACCACUAUACAGUUUUUGCCCAUUGUAUAGCUGAGGCAGAACCCACAGAGGCCAUUGUAGCCAUUGAAAUAAGUUUGAUGGGGCCUCGUAUAGGUUGUCAAGUCAAAUCCCUGUGAUUUCAGCUACUGUAGACAUAAUUAUGUACAAGCACUUUACUGGACUAGUGUGUUCUAACCAGCUUCUUUUAUUUCUAUACAACACAAAGCACACAAUACAAGGUGUUAUUACAGCUAGCUAGCUCUUUGGUACAGUGAGGCGGGAGAAGAACUAGGCUAUGGAGACAACAGGAGUGCCACCACUGUCUGUAAAUUGAGUUUUUCUAGGAUUUUUUUUUUAAUCAUGUUUUUCAGUGUACAUUUUCCUUCAGCCUUUACUAGUGGAUAAUUGUUGCCUAAGAGCGCAACUGAACUGUUAGCAGGGGAUAGAACACAGAAUAACUCUGAAGUGAUGUGUUGAAAAAUAUGUUGAAGUGUCUGAAAGGAAAAAUGUAUAGCUGUUCUUAUAAGUGUACUUCCAUAAGAGUAAUGCCUACAGGCAUGACUUGGAGAGCUGUGCUGCACUGAUGCUCUCGUCCUGUGUGUGUGUGUGUGUGUGUGAUGACUGUGUUCCUAAUGCGUGCAUUCGUGUGUAUUCGUAUGAUAUUAAUGAACUUUCAGUGCAUCAGUAUCACAGAGGAUCUCUCUCUCUCUCUUUCUUUCUCUGUACAGACAAGGUUCCCCACUUCUCUCGGCUGGGGGAUGUGGAGGUCAAUGCAGGGCAGAAUGCCACCUUCCAGUGUGUCGCCACGGGCAAAACUACAGAGACAGAACCCUUCCUACUGGAGGUAAGGAUGGAGGAGUCUGCGUGUGUGUGUACAUGCUUGUGGGCGUGGCCACCGGAAAGAUCACAUAAACAGAGCCGUUCCUGAUGGAGGAGAGAGUACAGACCGAGGUUCUUCUGGCUUUGUUGACGAAGCAGAGCUGGGGAGCUUCACGCAUUGUCCAACAACAAAAUAAUACGGUACAUAUUUGCAGUACAUAUGCUGCUGUUCUGUCGCGCGUGCAAUGAUGUCAGAGGGGAAAAAAACGGUGUUCGUUGUUUGCAAUGACUUCUUUGUUGUUGUAAUAUAACAAACAAACAUGGCUGUUUCACCAUUAAGGAUUCCAACGUAAUAAUAACGCUGUUCUUUCUAUGAGGUCUGAUAUAUACAAGUAUUUCAGUGAAAUAAAGAUGGACCCAGCAGUAUGACAUCAUCAGAGUCCCUGCAUACAGACUAGCUAUAACUAACUACUAUAACUAACUAAUGGCAUCAGCUGUUUGUGUGGCCUUUUGAUUUGCUAUCUGAUAGUUAGUCAUAUUCCUCCAUAAAGUAAUCUCUCAAAACUCAAAAUAGUUUCAAUUUCUGCUGCAUGAAUUUGAGCUAAUGUUAGUUAUCUGAAACCCGGGUCUGAAAGCCUUCACUGUCUCUCUGUAUCCUUGAAGCUCGUACUUGUACUAAGUGCUAUUGAAAUGUUAGAAGAGGAAAGAAGGACGGAAGAAGACGCUUUGCUAAUGAGAUCUCUGUACAUAGUGUUCCUUCCUCUGUUUUCCUCCGUUUUCUUUCCAUCUCCUCUCCGCCUCACUUCAUUUCUUCUGUAUUUAAGUAUUUUGUAUCCAGAGCUUCUGCUCUUUCAAGAGUUCAAAAACCUACAAUUUUUUAAUCCUCUGACACGCACAAACAGGCACGCACACAAAGCAGCAUGAGAGAAUUAUUAACCCAAGUAAAAUAAUUACCGCUUGUUUCGUUGAGAAGAUAUAGCAGGUAGCUUAGUGGGUAAGAGCGUUGUGCCAGUAACCGAAAGGUCGCUGGUUCUAAUCCCCGAGCCGACUAGGUGAAAAAUCUGUCGAUGUGCCCUUAAGCAAGGCACUUAACCCUAAUUGCUCAUGUAAGUCGCUCUGGAUAAGAGCGUCUGCUAAACGACUAAAAUGUAAAUGUAAAAUAUAAAGUGAUCUGUGCAUUUGAACAACCGCAUAGGUACACCUAUUUCACUUUUGCAUAUAAAACAGAAUCCCCACUGCUGCACAUGCUGCCACUGUUUUGAUGACCAAAAGUUAUAUUUUGAGAACGAGCAGCGCGCAGCGAGCAGCCAGCAGCCAGCUCCCGAGUGCAUCGGUGACACAAGCACAGGGAAAAUGCGACAAGUGAAACAAAUGAUCUAACUGGGGAUAGCUAGCUAGCAUAAUGUCACAAGCUGCCGGAGCUGCUGAUGGCAGAGCAGUAGGUAACUUCAGCUUGUUUUGAACAAUAUCAUUUUGAAACUGUAAAAUGUACACAUUAACCACACUUGAAUGGAAAUUUUAAAUUAUACUAUGUAUAUAUGACUAAAUGGUCACGUGGAAUUUGACUGCAGUGUUGACUUGUGACCGCCAGUGUGGUGGUAAUACGGUCACCGCAUCAGCCCUAGGUGUUCCUAAUGUUUGGUAUACUCAGUGUAGAUUAAACAAAAUGAAAACAAUGAAGAAAUGAACAUUUCUCCUUUGCCAAGAUAAUCCAUCCACCUGACAGGUAUGGCAUAUCAAGAAGAUGAUUAACACAACACAAUGCCAAAGAUGUGUCAAGUUUUGAGGGAGUGUACAAUUUGCGUGCUGACUACAGGAAUGUCAACCAGAGCUGUUGCCAGAGAAUUGAAUGUUAAUUUCUCUACCAUAAGCCGCUUCCAACGUUGUUUUAGAGAAUUUGGCAGUACGCCCAACCGGCCUCACAACCGCAGACCAGGUUUAACCACGCCAGCCCAGGACCUCCACAUCCGGGUUCUUCACCUGUGGGAUCGUCUGAGACCAGCCACCCGAACAGAGGAGUAUUUUUGUCUGUAAUAAUGCCCUUUUGUGGGGAAAAACUCAUUCUGAUUGGCUGGGCCUGGCUCCCCAGUGGGUGGGCCUAUGCCCACCCAUGGCUGCAACCCUGCCCAGUCAUGUGAAAUCCAUAGAUUAGGGUCUAAUGAAUUUAUUUCAAUUGACUGAUUUCCUUGUAUGAACUGUAACUCAGUAUAAUCGUUGAAAUUGUUGCAUGUUGCAUUUAUAUUUGUUUUUCUUCAUUAUUUAGUUUUUCAUAUACGCCGAGUAUACCAAACAUUAUGAACACCUAGGGCUGUUACGGUGACCGUAUUACCGCCACGCUGGCAGUCACGAGUCAUGACCGCAGUCAAAUUCCACGUGACCGUUUAGUCAUGGUAACUAGGCUUCUCCAAAACUGCACUCUGAUGCUGCUGAUGGUCAUUAGUAGCAUUCCAAACUUGCUAACUGCCUGGUACUUAGCACUCUAUUGUCCCUCCAAUCACUCUGACAUCAAUGCAAAUGUAUUACAAAAUCAGAUCACGACUCCAUUCUGCUCCUCCCUUCCUAUAGGCAGAAACUCAAACAGGAAGUACCUGUGCUAAGGUCUAGUCAAUGCUGGUCUGACCAAUUGGAAUCCAUGCUUCAAGAUUGUUUUGAUCACGCGGACUGGGAUAUGUUCUGGGUUGCCUCUGACAAUAAAAUGUACGUAUACACUGACACGGUGACUGAGUUAAUCAGGAAGUGUAUAGUGGGUAUUGUUCCCACUGUGACUAUUAAAACCUACCCAAAUCAAAAACCGUGGAAAGAUGGCAGCAUUCGCGCAAAAUUGAAAGCGCUAACCACUGCAUUUAACCACAGCAAGGUGACUGGGAAUGUGAUCGAAUACACCUUCUUCGCCCUCUUUGAGGAUACCACAGUGCGAACUCUCAUUCUCCGUGGCCGACGUGAGUAACAUUUAAGCGUGUUAACCCUCGCAAGGCUGCCAGCCCUCAGAGCAUGUGCAGACCAGCUGGCUGGAGUGUUUACGGACAUAUUCAAUCUCUCCCUAUCGCAGUAAGCUGUCCCCACUUGCUUCAAGAUGUCUACCAUUGUUCCUGUACCCAAGAAACCGAAGGUAACUGAACUAAAUGAAUAUCGCCCCGUAACACUCACUUCAGUCAUUAUGAAGUGCUUUGAGAGGCUAGUUAAGGAUCAUAUCACCUCCACCUUACCCGACACCCUAGACCCACUGCAAUAUUCAUACCGCCCCAAUAGAUCCACGGAUGAUGCAUUCGCCAUCGCUCUGCACGAUGCCCUAUCCCAUCUGGACAAGAGGAAUACCUAUGUAAGAAUGUUGUUAAUUGACUACAGCUCAGCCUUCAACACCAUAGUACCCUCCAUGCUCAUCAUUAAGCUCGGGGCCCUGGGUCUGAACCCCGCCCUGUGCAACUGGGUCCUGGACUUCCUGACGGGCCACCCCCAGGUGGUGAAGGUAGGCAACAACAUCUCCACUACGCUGAUCCUCAACACCGGGGCCCCACAAGGGUGCGUGCUCAGCCCCCUCCUGUACUCCAUGUUCACCCAUGACUGCAUGGCCACGCACGCCUCAAACUCAAUCAUCAAGUUUGCAGACGACACAACAGUAGUAGGCCUGAUUACCAACAACAAUGAGAAAGCCUACAGGGAGGAGGUGAGGGCCAUGGCGGAGUGGUGCCAGGAAAAUAACCUCAACGUCAACAAAACGAUGGAGCUGAUCGUGGACUUCAGGAGGCAGAAGAGGGAGCACGCCCCCAUUCCACAUCGACAGGGCCGCAGCGGAGAAGGUGAAAAGCUUCAAGUUCCUCGUUGUACACUGACAAUCUGAAAUGGUCCAACCACACAGACAGUGUGGUGGAGAAGGUUCUACAGUGCCUCUUCAACCUCAGGGGGCUGAAGAAAUUUGGCUUGGCCCCUAAGACCCUCACAAAAAUGUACAGAUGCACCAUUGAGAGCAUCCUGUCGGGCUGUAUCACUGACUGGUACGGCAACUGCACCGUCAAGAGGAUGGUGCGGUCAGCCCAACGCAUCACCGCGAGCACACUGCCUUCCCUUCAGGACAUCUACAGCACCCAGUGUCACAGGAAGGUCAAGAAAUUCAUCAAGGACCUCAGCCACCCGAGCCACAGCCUGUUCACCAUGCCUGCAUCCAGAAGGCAAGGUCAGUACAGGUGCAUCAAAGCUGGGACCGAGAGACUGAAAAACAGCUUCUAUCUUAAGGCCAUCAGACUGUUAAAUAGCCACCCGGUUACUCAUCCCUGCACCUUAGAGGCUGCUGCCCUAUGUACAUAGAAAUGGAACAUGGUCACUUUAAUAAUGUUUACAUACUGUUUUACCCAUUUGAUACUGUAUUCUAGUCAAGGCCAUCCUAUUCAACUAUUGCUGUACAUAUACUAUUCUAUCCACGUAUUCUUCAGAUAUACUACAUAUUCUAUACACAUACUGUCCAUAAUAUCGAUACGGACUCCGACAUUGCUCAUCCUAAUAUUUAUAUAUUUCUUAAUUCCAUUAUUUUACUUUUAGAUUUGUGUUUAUUGUUGUGUAUUGUUAGAUAUUACUGCACUGUUGGAGCUAGGAACACAAGCAUGUAUGAAAAAAAUAAUAAUUAAUGUAAGUCGCUCUGGAUAAGAGCGUCUGCUAAAUGACGUAAAUGUAAAAUGUAAAUAUGUGUAUAUAAAAUGUGAUUUGAAAUCAAAACAUAUAGCCCAACAUUUUGUAUCACAACUAAAGUUGCAGAAAUAACUCUAAAUUAAGCAUAUAGGAGGACCUGUUUCUUUGUUAACACCUCAACACAGAAUAGCUGCAUGUGCGCACUCCCUCAGAAACCAUUUGUAGAAAAUAUCCAUUCUAUUUUAUUCAGCUGUGUUCAAUUGUAUUCUUCAUACUAUAAAACAAUAUAAAAUAAUACCACGGAAUUCUAAGAAAAUCUUGUCUGCUAAAUGAACUAGUAUAGCCCACAGCCAUAUGGCAUAGCCAGGUCAGAGUAUGCUAUUCUGUUCUUCAUAUCAUGUUUCUUUAGACCUGUCUAAAAUAAAUAAUGGAUUUAUUGUGAUGGUGUAGGCUAUAUUAAAUUGAUUUAUUAGACAUUUUAAAAUGUAGAUGUUCCAAAGGUCUGUAUCAGUGGCUUGUAGGCUAUGCGUGGAAGCCAGGAGAUGGUAAACGUGUUUAUGUUAAUUAACGGUCAAUUACCGUGAGACCGACAGUUAUUUGCUUGACAAUCACCAACUGACAAAAUUUCAUGACUGCCACAACCCUAGGAACACCUUCCUAAUAUUGAGUUGCACCCCCCAUUUUGCCCUCAGAAAAGCCUCAAUUCGUCGGGGCAUGGACUCUACAAGGGAUGCUGGCCCAUGUUGACUCCAAUGCUUUCCACAGUUGUGUCAAGUUGGCUGGAUGUCCUUUGGGUGGUGGACCUUUCUUGAUACACACGGGAAACUGUUGAGCGUGAAAAACCCAGCAGAGUUGCAGUUGGACACAAACCGGUGUGCCUGGCACCUACUACCAUACCCUGUUCAAAGGCACUUACAUUUUUUGUCUUGCCCAUUCACCCUCUGAAUACCACACGUACACAGUCCAUGUCUCAAUUGUCUCAAGGCUUAAAAAUCCUUCUUUAACCUAUCUCCUCCUCUUCAUCUACACUGAUUGAAGUGGAUUUAACAAGUGACAUCAAUAAGGGGUCAUAGCUUUCUCCUGGAGUCACCUGGUCAGUCUAUGUCAUGUAAAGAGCAGGUGUCCUUAAUGUUUUAUAUACUCAGUGUAUAUACAGUGCAUUCGGAAAGUAUUCAGACCCCUUGACUUUUUCCACAUUUUGUACGUUACAGCCUUAUUCUAAAAUGGAUUAAAUAGUUAUUUUCCCCUCAUCAAUCUACACACAAUACCCCAUAAUGACAAAGCAAAAACAAGUUUUUAUACUUUUUUGCAAAUGUAUUUAAAAUAACAAACGGAAAUAUAACAUUUACAUUAAUAUUCAGACCCUUUACUCAGUCCUUUUUUAAGCACCUUUGGCAGUGAUUACAGCCUUGAGUCUUCUUGGGUAUGACGCUACAAGCUUGGCAUACCUGUAUUUGGGGAGUUUCUCACAUUCUUCUCUGCAGAUCCUCUCAAGCUCUGUCAGGUUUGAUGGGGAGCGUUGCUGCACAGCUAUUUUCAGGUCUCUCUAGAGAUAUUCGAUCUGGUUCAAGUCCGGGCUCUGGCUGGGCCACUCAAGGACAUUAAGAGACUUUUGCCGAAGCCACUCCUGCGUGGUCUUGGCUGUGUGCUUAGGGUUGUUGUCCUGUUGGAAGGUGAACCUUCGCCCCAGUCUGAGCUUCUGAGCGCGGAGCAGGUUUUCAUCAAGGAUCUCUCUGUACUUUGCUCCGUUCAGCUUUCCCUCGAUCCUGACUAGUCUCUCAGUCCCUGCCGCUGAAAAGCAUCCCCAUGCUUGGCAUUCAGGCCAAAGAGUUCAAUCUUGGUUUCAUCAAACCAGAGAAUCUUGUUUCUCAUGAUCUGAGUGUCCUUUGGGUGCCUUUUGGUAAACUCCAAGCGGGCUGUCAUGUGCCUUUUACUGAAGAGUGUCUUCCGUCUGGCCACUUUACCAUAAAGGCCUGAUUGGUGGAGUGCUGCAGAGAUGGUUGUCCUUCUGGAAGGUUCACCCAUCUCCACAGAGGAACUCUUGAGCGCUGUUAGAGUGACCAUCGAGUUCUUUGUCACCUCCCUGUUCAAGGCCCUUUUCCCCCGAUUGCUCAGUUUGGCCGAGCGGCCAGCUCUAGGAAGUGUCUUGGUGAUUUCAAACUUCUUCCAUUUAAGAAUGAUGGAGGCAACUGUGUUCUUGGGUACCUUCAAUGCUGCAGAAUUAUUUUGGUACCCUUCCCCAGAUCUGUGCCUCGACACAAUCAUGUCUCGGAGCUCUACGGACAAUUCCUUCGACCUCAUGGCUUGGUUUUUGCUCAGACAUGCACUGUCAACUGUGGGACCUUAUAUAGACAGGUGUGUGCCUUUCCAAAUCAUGUCCAAUCAAUUGAAUUUACAUCUCUUCUACAAGGAUGCAUGACAGUAUUGUGACUCAUAUCACCUAUAUUGGACUGAACACGUUGUACACCAUACACAUACUGUAUGUUGAACUGAGCCAUACAUCGUCUCCCAGUUUACCCAGUUCAAACCAGAUUCCAAUGUUUGCUCUGACUCUAACCCACUUUACAUAUGAAGGUUAGAAUGGAUUCGUAACAGCAGGAAAACCAAGAUGUUUCCUCAACCCAUUACUGUCUUCUGCUUCUCUAUUAGCUGUGUAGGGUGUUGUUUGAUCCUUAGCUCUUAGUUGUUCUCGCCUCAACUCUGUAAUUGUGUGUGUGUGUGUUCGUUUCUCUCUGUUACUCUCCUCAACACUAAUUGCUACUUUCUCUUUGAUCUUCUCUGCUGUGAGGUGGCUCUCUCUGGACCUACAUCGUUUUUCCUCCUCUUUUCUCCCCCUCUCAUUGGUGUGUUUAAAUAAACAAAUUGUUUGCAUAAGAGUUCUUAUUCAAAGAAUGUUUAUUUCCUUGCCAUCUUUGGUCUUUCUAUCAGAGAGUUGUACUUGUUCUAUUUCUGAUUCUGUUUAGAUCUUUAGGCAACGUUGACAUUUGUUUGUGUUCAAUUGGAAUCCUGAAUUAAUUCAUUAUCACGGAAACUCAAUUAAAGUAUGAUAUGGGGCUUAGGGGAAGAGAGGGGGAGAGAUGGAAGACAUAUAAUACUAUAUAUUAUAGUUGUAUAACAAGCUGUAAGAUUGUCUGUUUGUCUUGACUGAAUGAAUGUACAUUGAGGUGUGAUGGGACUGUGGUUUAUAGCUGAAGAAACACACACACACACCUGUGUCUGUGCAUACAAUAACCUACGGUAAUAAAAAUGUGGUCCAGCAUGCUAUGGGCUUAUGGAAAUGAAUAACCCAAUAAUAUACCAAGUACUUUUCACAACCGCUAACAUUGCCAUACUUUGAGCAAGCGUUUCUUACUUCUCCCUCCCCCAUCCCCCCUCCGCAAAACCAAUUCACAACUCCAGCUGUCAAAGCCACUUCCUGGUGAAAAGCAGGAAGAGGAUGGGCUAGCUUAUAUAACAUCCUGCUUACAUUAUUCUGAGAGCAGAGCAGCAUAUAGCCUGCACCUGGAAAAACGUCACGCUUUGAGUGAGUGGGUGUGUUUGUGUGUGUGUGUGUGUGUGUGUGUGUGUGUGUGUGUGUGUGUGUGUGUGUGACAGGCGACGGGUUGUAAUUUCCCUCUCGUUGAUCCGAGCGCUCGUGUGCAUCGAGCGAUCACAUAUUAGCACUGGUUGUCUGCGUGCGUGCGUGUGUGUGUAUAUCUAUGCGUGUGGCUGCUCUGUCAGCAGCCUGCCAUGCCAAGAUGUUAGCUGUAAUAUUUAGAAUGUAUUUAUUAUCUCCACCUCCCACGGUACCUCAUCUCUCCUUCGUCCUCUCCCUGUCUCUCUCCUUCCUUCCUUCCCACUCACAAUCCCAUUAUGUAGGGCUAUAUCUCAUGGCUACACAGUAUAAUAAACAUAACAAUUUGUGUAGGUCAGUUCAGGUAACCGAACUCUCUCUCUCUCUCUCUGUGACUGUGUUUUUGGUGGCAGUGACAGAGGUGGUGGCUACACAGGUAAACAUGAUCACCUGUGUAUGGGUGAGUUAGCGUGACUUUCUCUCUCUCUCGCUCCCUCUCUCUCUCUCUCGCUCUCUGCAGCGUCGUAACGGUGUGGUUGUGGCGGCGUCCUCUAUCCAGCGUCUGAGCCACAAGCGUCUGAUGGCCACCUUCCAGGUGGAGGCUGAGAGAGGGGAGCAGGACCUAUAUCGCUGCAUCACAGAGUCCACACGCGGAGCUGCCGUGUCUAACUUCGCCGAGCUCAUCGUCAGAGGUAUAGUACGGCCAGUCCGUAUAGUCAUGUUUAUGCUGUGUGUUAAAGCAUGGUAUGGUAAAUACCCAAUGGAAACAUGUCUGGCUAUUUCAUUAAAAUUGCGCCGGAGAAGAAGGCUGCCGUUUUACAGCCCUCUAACCAAUUGUACUAUUAUGUGUGUUUUUCCGCGUUAUUUGUAAUUUAUUUUGUACAUAAUGUAUCUGCCAUCGUCUCUUAUAACCAAAAAGAGCUUCUGGAUAUCAGGACAGCGAUUACUCACCUCGUAUUGGACGAAGAUUUUUUCUUCAACGAGGCGGCCGCGAAGGAUAUCCUACAGACACCCGACAAGGCCCAAAUCCCCGUCAUUCGCAUGAGGAAGAGACAGAGAUAUCGUGGACGUAGGUCGGGGUGCCUUGUAAGGAUCCGACGGCGAGCGAGUAAACUGCCGCUCCCAAUCCUAUUAGCCAAUCUUCAAUCAUUUGAGAAUAAAUUGGAUGAUUUAAGAUUACGGUUAUCCUACCAAAGGGACAUUAAAAACUGUAAUAUCUUAUGUUUCACCGAGUCGCGGCUGAACGACGACAUGGACAACAUACAGCUGACGGGAUAUACGCUACAUCGGCAGGAUAGAACGGCUGACUCCGGUAAGACAAGGGGUGGCGGUCUGUGUAUAUUUGUAAACAACAGCUGGUGCACAAAAUCAAAUACUAAGGAAGUCUCGAGGUUUUGCUCGCCUGUGGUAGUGUAUUUUAUGAUAAGCUGUAGACCACACUAAUUACCAAGAGAGUAAAUCGUUUUUUAAAUAUAUUUUUCAUAGCUGUCUAUUUACCACCACAAACCAAUGCUGGCAUUAAGAUUGCACUGAAUGAGCUGUAUAAGGCCAUAAGUCAACAGGAAAACGCUCAUCCAGAGGCAGCGCUCCUAGUGGCCGGGGACUUUAAUGCAGGGAAACUUAAAUCAGUUCUACCUAAUUUCUACCAGCAUGUGAAAUGUGCAACCAGAGGAAAAUAAACUCUAGACCACCUUUACUCCACACACAGAGACGCAUACAAAGCUCUAUCUCGCCCUCCAUUUGGCAAAUCUGACCAUAACUCUAUCCUCCCGAUUCCUGCUUAUAAGCAAAAACUAAAGCAGGAAGCACCAGUGACUCGGUUAAUAAAACUUUGGUCAGAUGACGCAGAUGCUAAGCUACAGGACUGUUUUGCUAGCACAGACUGGAACAUGUUCCAGGAUUCUUCAGAUAGCAUUGAGCAGUACACCACAUCAGUCACUAGCUUCAUCAAUAAGUGCAUCGAUGAGGUCGUCCCCACAGUGACCGUACGUACAUAACCCAACCAGAAGCCAUGGAUUACAGGAAACAUCCGCUCUGAGCUGCCGCUUUCAAGGCGCGGGACUCUAACCCGGACGCUUAUAAGAAAUCUCGCUAUGCCCUCCGACGAACCAUCAAACAGGCAAAGAGUCAAUACAGGACUAAGAUUGAAUCGUACUACACCGGCUCUGACGCUCGUCGGAUGUGGCAGGGCUUGAAAACUAUUACAGACUACAAAGGGAAGCACAGCCGCGAGCUGCCCAGUGACACAAGACUUCCAGACCAUCUAAACCACUUCUAUGCUCGCUUCGAGGCAAGCAACACUGAAGCAUGCAUGAGAGCACCAGCUGUUCCGGAUGACUAUGUGAUCAAGCUCUCCGUAGCCGAUUAGAGUAAGACUUUUAAGCAGGGCCAGACGGAUUCCCAGGACGUGUACUCCGAGCAUGUGCUGACCAACUGGCAAGUUUCUUCACUGACAUUUUCAACAUGUCCCUGACUGAGUCUGUAAUACCAACAUGUUUCAAGCAGACCACCAUAGUCCCCGUGCCCAAGGAAUCUAAGAACCUGCCUAAAUUACUACCGACCCGUAGCACUGACGUCUGUAGCCAUGAAGUGCUUUGAAAGGCUGGUCAUGGCUCACAUCAACACCAUUAUCCCAGAAACCCUAGACCCACUCCAAUUUGCAUACCGCCCCAACAGAUCCACAGAUGAUGCGAUCUCUAUUGCACUCCACACUGCCCUUUCCCACCUGGACAAGAGGAACACCUACGUGAGAAUGCUAUUCAUUGACUACAGCUCAGCAUUCAACACCAUAGUGCCCUCAAAGCUCAUCAGUAAGCUAAGGAUCAUGGGACUAAACACCUCCCUCUGCAACUGGAUCCUGGACUUCCUGACGGGCCGCCCCCAGGUGGUAAGGGUAGGUAACAACACAUCUGCCACACUGAUCCUCAACACGGGGGCCCCUCAGGGGUGCGUGCUCAGUCCCCUCCUGUACUCCCUGUUCACCCAUGACUGCAUGGCCAGGCACGACUCCAACACCAUCAUUAGGUUUGCCGACGACACAACAGUGGUAGGCCUGAUCACCGACAACGAUGUGACAGCCUAUAGGGAGGAGGUCAGAGACCUGGCCGUGUGGUGCCAGGAUAACAACCUCUCCCUCAACGUGACCAAGACAAAAGAGAUGAUUGUGGACUACAGGAAAAAAAAGAGGACUGCGCAGGCACCCAUUCUCAUCGACGGGGCUGUAGUGGAACAGGUUGAGAGCUUCAAGUUCCUUGGUGUCCACAUCACCAACGAACUAUCAUGGUCCAAACACACCAAGACAGUCGUGAAGAGGGCACGACAAAGCCUAUUCCCCCUCAGGAGACUGAAAAGAUUUGGCAUGGGUCCUCAGAUCCUCAAAAAAUUCUACAGCUGCACCAUCGAGAGCAUCCUGACUGGUUGCAUCACCGCCUGGUAUGGCAACUGCUUGGCCUCCGACCGCAAGGCACUACAGAGGGUAGUGCGUACGGCCCAGUACAUCACUGGGGCCAAGCUUCCUGCCAUUCAGGACCUCUAUACCAGGCGGUGUCAGAGGAAGGCCCUCAAAAUUGUCAAAGACUCCAGCCAUCCUAGUCAUAGACUGUUCUCUCUGCUACUGCACGGCAAGCGGUACCGGAGUGCCAAGUCUAGGUCCAAAAGACUUCUCAACAGCUUCUACCCCCAAUCCAUAAGACUCCUGAACAGCUAAUCAUGGCUAUCCGGACUAUUUGCACUGCCCCCCCCACCCCCAUCUUUUUACGCUGCUGCUACUCUAUUAAUUAUUUAUGCAUAGUCACUUUAACUCUACCCACAUAUUACUUCAACUAUCUCAACUAGCCGGUGCCCCAGCACAUUGACUCUGCACCGGUACCCCCCUGUAUAUAUAGCCUCCCUACUGUUAUUUUAUUUUUUUCUCAACACUUUUUUGUUUUAUUCUACUUUUUUAUUAAAAAUAAAUGCAUUGUUUGUUAAGGGCUGUAAGUAAGCAUUUCACUGUAAUGUCUGCACCUGUUGUAUUCGGCGCAUUUGGCCAAUAAAAUUUGAUUUGAUUUGAUUUAUUGACAACGUUAUGUCUUGUGAUGUGUCUUUGUUUACACACACACACACACACACACACACACACACACACACACACACACACACACACACAUACACACACACACAGAAGUCCUGUAGCACUGCACUACACACCACCUCCCAUAUGACACCUCCAACCCACCAUGACACUUAGCUACCAUUCUGGGAUCUCUUAACACCCUCCUCCAUAUGUCCUACCUCCUUCCUCACCCAACCACUUCCAACGGCUUCUCCUAAUGAGAGACAUGCAUACAAGAACUCACUCACUGGAACUCUUAGUCAAUGUCACACACACACACACACACACACACACACACACACACACACACAUAAACACACAUGUUAAAAUGCAUCCACACAUACUCACACAUGUUAAAAUGCACACGCAUAGGAAAUAUGUUCUGAACUAACAAAACCUCUCUCAUAUCUCUCUCCUUCUGUAUGUUGUGGAAACACAUGGAAACAAUGUAUCUAUAUGUCGUUUACUCUGUGUCAUUGUGUAAACAGUGUUUUUCCCUCUACAUGUUGCUGUAAUGAGGUGUCCUGGGUUGAUGAGGGUCACGUGUGUAUGUCUCUUUGUCUAACGCUGAACAGACAGGCAGCAUUACUCACAAAAUCACUCAUGCAAAUAAUUCACAUUCAUUAUGGUGAAAAUGUAACAUUCCCUUCCCUUCAAGUGCCUCUCAGAAAUCAUUAUAAUCUGAAGGUGAUUAAAAGAUUGUGUGAGUCAACGCUCUAGCCAAGUAGAAAUAACGCUAGGGAAAUUAUAAAACAAGAAACGCACGAAACAUGAAUAACCCUUGACUUGCCUUUUUUCUGUGCGAGAGAAGAGUUAUUGCUCAUUCUGUGGAAAUUCUGACUUCUUUUUUUUUUUGACGUUCUGUUAAAAUUCAUAAAGUGAUGAUGUACGUCUUUGUAUUGUAUUGUUUUAAUUAGUCUCACUGGUAAACCACCGUCCAACUAUGGAUGAUUGUAUUUAAUUUGUAUCUCUGUUCAUUUGACAGCAACUGAUGCUGUUUUUAUAAUGAGCUGGAUUACGUAGAUUAGUGUCAUUAUAUAUCAUUGAGGCUAGAAACGAGGUUUUGACAAACUGUAGACACAGUGAUACUAGAGCAUUGUCUCAGUUAUCUUGUUAACUAUAUAUUGAGUGAGAUAAAAGGGUCUACUACUGUAAAUAACAUCAUCAUACCAUGUGUAAAAGUAUAUAUCCUUUUUUUUCUCCACUACACCUCUGUAUGCACUCACUCAGUCACUCAAAACUCCUCUGUAUAACACUGUACCCGCCCCUCUCCCCCUUCACCCUGGCAGUGCCCCCCACCCCUAUCGCUCCCCCCCAGCUGCUCCGGACUGGCCCCACCUACCUGAUCAUCCAACUCAACACCAACUCCAUCGUGGGGGACGGCCCCGUGAUCCGCCGCGAGAUCGAGUACCGCGCCAGCCAAUCACCAUGGUUGGAGACGCACGGUGUGGGCUCGCUCACCUAUAAGGUGUGUGUGUGUAUAUGCGUGCAAAAUCAUUGGUCAUUCAGCAUUGUUACAGGUUCUUAUUUAAAAACGGUUGUUAUUAAAUAACUCUGAAUUGCAAAAACAGUAAUGCAGAUUUUUCUAUUCAUGUCUUUGCAAAAAAACUUGCUUCUAUUCUAUUGGAAGGUGUGGCAUCUUGAGCCGGACACAGAGUACCGUAUCAGUGUUUUACUGACCCGGCCCGGGGAGGGAGGCACAGGGGCGCCUGGACCCCCCCUGGUCAGCAGGACCAAGUGUGCAGGUGAGUUCAUGGGGCUGAAUGGGUCUAAACCCAAACCUAGCUUCUGUUCUACUCUGUUCUGUUCUACUCUACUCUUUUCUAUUCCAUUCCUUCAACUUUGUUUAUCCCUUCAGGAAUGGCAUUGAGAGAUUACAAAUAAUAACAUCCUCCAUAACACAAGGACAACAACAUUCAAACACAUUCUCUAAUGGCCUGCUGUCCACCGGUUGAGAGGAUGUGUGUGUGGAUUAUAGUGCUCUCAGUGGCUGAUAUGUACGUAGGUACCUCUUUAGAAGCCGGUGUGUAUGCAUGGACAGUUACACUUAAAUUAUGUGUGUUGAUUUAAUUAUACAGUAGAAUGAAUAACCUGCAACCUACUCUCAGACACUUAUAUGUACUACACUUCCCCUCGCGCGCACACACACACACACACACACAAACAUACACACACACUUAUCUGCACUUACCCUCCCCAGCACUUAGUGCUCAUCUUUAUGAAACAGCUCUCUGUAGAUGUGUCAAGUAGACCGACAAGACAUCUUGUCAUCUAUCAUAGUCUCUGAUCCCUCCUGUCACGAGGCUCGAGCUGCCCACUUCCUGUCUGCUCCCCAUGCCCAGAUGUGAGCCUCGAUCUCUGGGAAUAGAGAGCAGAGAGAGCCCCUGUGACACUACACGCUCUAGAUCAGGGGUGUCAAACUCAUUUUGCCCCGGGGGCCGCAUUCGGUGUUCAACGAGGUCCGGGGGCUGCACUGGAUUCUGGUUAUAUUUCCUUGCCGGCAGAAUUUGUCCAAAAUAGUCCCCUGGAAUUUUUUAUGCAGUCAAGAAACUACAGUGGGGAAAAAAAGUAUUUAGUCAGCCACCAAUUGUGCAAGUUCUCCCACUUAAAAAGAUGAGAGAGGCCUGUAAUUUUCAUCAUAGGUACACGUCAACUAUGACAGACAAAAUGAGAAAAAAAUAUCCAGAAAAUCACAUUGUAGGAUUUUUAAUGAAUUUAUUUGCAAAUUAUGGUGGAAAAUAAGUAUUUGGUCAAUAACAAAAGUUUCUCAAUACUUUGUUAUAUACCCUUUGUUGGCAAUGACACAGGUCAAACGUUUUCUGUAAGUCUUCACAAGGUUUUCACACACUUUUGCUGGUAUUUUGGCCCAUUCCUCCAUGCAGAUCUCCUCUAGAGCAGUGAUGUUUUGGGGCUGUCGCUGGGCAACACAGACUUUCAACUCCCUCCAAAGAUUUUCUAUGGGGUUGAGAUCAGGAGACUGGCUAGGCCACUCCAGGACCUUGAAAUGCUUCUUACGAAGCCACUCCUUCAUUGCCCGGGCGGUGUGUUUGGGAUCAUUGUCAUGCUGAAAGACCCAGCCACGUUUCAUCUUCAAUGCCCUUGCUGAUGGAAGGAGGUUUUCACUCAAAAUCUCACGAUACAUGGCCCCAUUCAUUCGUUCCUUUACACGGAUCAGUCGUCCUGGUCCCUUUGCAGAAAAACAGCCCCAAAGCAUGAUGUUUCCACCCCCAUACUUCACAGUAGGUAUGGUGUUCUUUGGAUGCAACUCAGCAUUCUUUGUCCUCCAAACACGACGAGUUGAGUUUUUACCAAAAAGUUCUAUUUUGGUUUCAUCUGACCAUAUGACAUUCUCCCAAUCCUCUUCUGGAUCAUCCAAAUGCACUCUAGCAAACUUCAGACAGCCCUGGACAUGUACUGGCUUAAGCAGGCGGACACGUCUUGCACUGCAGGAUUUGAGUCCCUGGCGGCGUAGUGUGUUACUGAUGGUAGGCUUUGUUACUUUGGUCCCAGCUCUCUGCAGGUCAUUCACUAGGUCCCCCCGUGUGGUUCUGGGAUUAUUGCUCACCGUUCUUGUGAUCAUUUUGACCCUACGGGGUGAGAUCUUGCGUGGAGCCCCAGAUCGAGGGAGAUUAUCAGUGGUCUUGUAUGUCUUCCAUUUCCUAAUAAUUGCUCCCACAGUUGAUUUCUUCAAACCAAGCUGCUUACCUAUUGCAGAUUCAGUCUUCCCAGCCUGGUGCAGGUCUACAAUUUUGUUUCUGGUGUCCUUUGUCAGCUCUUUGGUCUUGGCCAUAGUGGAGUUUGGAGUGUGACUGUUUGAGGUUGUGGACAGGUGUCUUUUAUACUGAUAACAAGUUCAAACAGAUGCCAUUAAUACAGGUAACGAGUGGAGGACAGAGGAGCCUCUUAAAGAAGAAGUUACAAGUCUGUGAGAGCCAGAAAUCUUGCUUGUUUGUAGGUGACCAAAUACUUAUUUUCCCCUAUAAUUUGCAAAUAAAUUCAUAAAAAAUCCUACAAUGUGAUUUUCUGGAUUUUUUUUUCUCAAUUUGUCUUUCAUAGUUGAUGUGUACCUAUGACGAAAAUUACAGGCCUCUCUCAUCUUUUUAAGUGGGAGAACUUGCACAAAUAGUGGCUGACUAAAUACUUUUUUUCCCCACUGUAUAUGAAUGUAAUACAUUUGAAAGUAUAUUUUAAAGUAUAUUUUAAAGUUUUCGAAUAUAUUAUUUUUGGGACACCCCUGCUCUAGAUCAAUCUGUCUCAUAUCCCCUCUUCCUGUCCAGCUCAGAAAGAACAGGAAACAGCAGCAGCCCUAGCCUGAAAAACAUAUUUACCUUCAGUUAAUCUGGUGCUAUUUUUCUAUUAUUAUUUUAUAUACCUACGUCCACGGAAAGAAGGCUUUUGAUUAAUCCCUCUCAAGUUUUAACUGAUGUAGAAUAGGCAUGGGUGUUUGAAAUAUUUCACUAUUCGAAUAGUAUCAUGAAUUCUUGUCGGAUAUCCAGAUAUUCGAAAUAUGUGUGGUUUAUAAACGUACGUUUUUAACCUGAGCAAUGCUGCGCGAGGGACAGGCUAAGGCUCUAUUGCUCUCGGCUACAGCCAAGACUAGCUAACUUGUAGCAGCCACAAUGUUAUUUAUCAACCCUUAUAACAGUGCCUGUCUUGACUGGAGUAGCCUAGAAAAGCUAGCUAGCAAAAAUGAAUACCCACACUAGUAUUUGAAUACUAACGUCCGUUCGAUAUUGGAAUAAAGAGGGAAUAAGAUAAGUCAGUGUGUGUUUCAGACAUGUCACCAGUUUACCUCACUCAUUGCAGGAGAACAAAGAAGAGUACUACAAAUCUGGCUACUUCUGUUAUCAUUCUUUGGUCUUUUGGGGAGGCACAUUGGGCAAACUGGAAACAUGGGCAGAUUUUUUUUCUGACAUGACGCAACUAGACCGUUCCCUCCCUCCAUCUCUCCCCUCUGAGGCAUAGAUGUGUAUCACCCAGCUUCUUCCUAUAAACGUCAGAGGCUAUAACCCCUCUUAACCCAUGACAGUGACUCAAUGAUGGAUCCAACUGGCACUACCGGACCUCUCCUCCAUCCCAUACCUCCCUCCUUCCUCUCCCUCCUGACGCUGUGAUUGUUUCUGUAACAGCGUGUGACCUGUAGGUCGGAGGACAGCGAGGCUGAUUAUGUUCAUAACAACAGUUGACCCUUGGUGAGAAGGUGUCCUCUCUGUUAGCUCACUGACAUGGUUUAAGAUGAGAGGGAAGAGGCAGAGAGGAGAUGAGCUGGAGCCAGCAGAGCCCAGAGGGGGGCUGACAGCCAGUCUGACAUACCCCUCCACGCCAUCCACCCCUCCGUCCACCCUCCUCUCUCUCCCGCCCCUGGCUUGUCCCUUUGAUUAGUCUCAUCAACCUAUCUGUGGGCCUAGAUGUCUGUCGGCUGCCGUGGGGUGUGUGUGGGCUGCGAGGUGGUGUGCUGCUGGGCAGACAAACAGACAGAGACAGGGAGGGCAGCCUGGGUGGGUGGUAGUGUGAUUAAUCUAAUGAUGAGUCAUGCUUUCAUAUAGCAGCCUUCCUAAUGGGGUUCUAGUCUUCAUCCCAAAUGGCGUAUAGUGCUCUACUUUUGACCAGGGCCCAUGAGGAAGUAGUGCAUUAUUAGAGGGAAUAGGUUCCCAGACACAGCCCUACCUUAGCAGCCUCUGUGGCUGCAGUCUGGCAGAUAUGGUCCUGUUGGACAUCAUCAUGAUAGGGACACAGGGAUCCGUCACCCCAGUCUCACACAUGCCAUCAGUAAUUAGCUAGUUCCAUAUCCCAUCAUCUUAGCUCAUAGGGCAUCGCCUUUGGAUCUGGAGCUGAGCAGCCUGUGCUCUGUAAGAAUUAAGGGAUGCGUGAGAUUAUAUUAAUAAUAUGUUAAUGCUGUACAUCGCUCCCUCCUCCUCCUCCAUUCUUCCCUAUCUCUCCAGGGUGUUUAAAAAAUAUAGAUUUAUCCAACUUCCUGUGGUGAGUUUGGAAAGUAAAACCAAUCACACUUCACCCACAUCUAACUAACCGUCAGUCUCUUUCUCCUUAUCUUUCUAUUUUUCUUUAUCACUCCAUCUCACACUGUCUUUCUUUAUGUUUAUUUCUUUCUUUCUCUGUCUCUCUCUGUCUCUGUCUGUCUCUGUCUCUCUCUGUCUCUCUGUCUGUUUCUCUCUGUCUCUGUCUCUCCCUCUUUGGCUCUCUCUCUCCCACCCACCCACCCCUCUUCCCUUCCAUCUCCCCUCCCUCCAUCUCUCCAUCAGAGCCCAUGCGUGCGUUGCGAGGCCUCACAGCCACAGAGAUCCAGCCUCGUCAACUAGCCUUACAGUGGGAACCUCUGGGCUACAACCUGACGCGCUGCCACACCUACUCCGUCUCUCUCUGCUACCGCUACUCCACGCCUGCAGGGGGCAGUGCAGGGAACAACGCCACAGUUAGGGAGUGUCUCUCCGUGGAGAGGAACCAAUCACACUUCACCCUGAGGGACCUGCCCCCGUUCCGAUCCGUCCACGUCCGGCUGGCGCUGGAAAACCCAGAAGGCAAGAAGGAGAGCAGAGAGGUCACCUUUCAAACUGAGGAGGACAGUAAGUGGACUGUUAUUACCCAACAUGCAUUGUAAAGUUAUAGUCUAGGGCAAGAAGAUGAGCAGAGUGGUCACCUUCCAGACCGAGGAGGACAGUGAGUGGACUCUAUUACCCAGCAUGCAUUGUAGUUGAUAUGAAACCCAGAGAGUGUUGGACCCAGUAGUGGUCAAUGCAGUGACUAACCUACAUAGCCAUGUAUUGAGUAGUGGAAUCGGACCCAAUUUAAUUGGCAGGACCCAAUGCAUUGAUUUGCAUUUUUACAGUGGUUUGAUAGAUUAAAAAAAUAUUGUUAUUACUUUCUAUAUCAUCAAGGUUGGACAACGACAACCACAUAUACAUUCCGCACUGAGAAAACCCUCACUUUGUAGCUUGAAGUAGGCAUAUAAGUAUUGUAUGAUUGUGUGCUGGGUACACUAAGUUAUCCUGCCUCCAGUGACUAAAUACAGUAAUAGGAAGAAAAAACACAUAUUGACUUGCAAAAUAAACAGGAUUAGCAUAACUAAAUGGAAGAUAAGACUUUUAAAUGAAAGCAGAUGAAAAAUUAAUCAGUCAGUCAUGGCCACCAGCGAAAUGGUGAAAUGAUUCCUGUGUACAACAGUGGAUUAAGCACAUUUUAAUAUACAUUUCCUCUAGAUGGAUUGAAGUUGUAGGUCAGAGAAAAUGUACUAUGCAAUGAAACAUUGCUCACAGCAGUUCUUGACCCAUGAGAGAGGAAGGAAAGAAAGAGAGAGACAAUGAAACGAGAGAGAGAAUGAAACAUUGCUCACAGCAGUUCUUGACCCAUGAGAGAGGAGGAAAAGAGAGAGAGGGGGGAGAGGGAGAGAGAGAGGGAGAGAGAGAGAGGGAGAGAAAGAGAGAGAGCUAGCAAGGUUACAGUACAAUACAUUUUAUGAGUAUGAAAUUGGCUGCAUUUGGAAAUCUCCAAAUUGCAAGGUCCUCCCAUGAGUAUGAGGACAAUGUGCUCCUGCUGUAUAAUGUCAUAUAUUUCAUAGUCAGUUGAACAGCGGCUCUUGAAGUGAGCAAGCAGAGGAAGAGAUACAAGAAAAAGAGAACGAGAGAGAGAGUGAGGCUCUCAACUAUCUUCACUUUCCCAGAGUUCUCUUUGGGAAGAGAAAAUAAUGAAAAAGACUACCUAAUAGAAUUACCUCUAUUUAGUUUUUUCACGCGCACAAACACACACGUACGCAUGCACAGAUUCAACCCAGAGUUCAUGUGUCCCAGACAACCAAAAGCCAUUCUUCAUCUCUAGGGCUUGUUGAACUUUCCCAACUCUGUCCCUGAACCAAUCAACUGUGAAUAAUGCCCUGAUUUUACAGGCCUCUAUUAGAUUCAUUGACUGCUAGUCACUAACCCCCAUGUUAAAACAAGAGUCCCUGACACAGACAAAGUCUCAGACCCAGUUGGGUUUCUAGUUUGGAUGCCCAUUUCCCUACUUGGCCCUGCCAUUACACUGUGGCCAAUGUGUUCUGCUCCUCUCAGGUCUGUUGUGGAGAGAGAGAGGAUAGAGCAGGUUUAACUGUCAGCCACAAGGCAGUGCUCUAGACUUUACCCGUCUGAGCCACAGCCUCAGAGCCAGACAGACAGCCAGACAGUCAGAGGAGCUUGUUAGUUGCAUGAACUGUAGCAGCGGCGUCUUUCAAUCAGACAAACACAUACGCAAGCUUCCACCCAGGCACGCACUCCCCAAAUCUUCUGGUCCUCAAUUCGAUUUGCCUGUCUUUAUGGUUGGAAACCAGAUAUCCUUUAUCACUUCCUUCCUAUAGGACCCCCUAUUCAGUCAACUGCGGGUUCUCAGAAUGUUUAUGUUGUGUUUUCUCUUCCAGUUCCUGGUGGCAUUGCCCCAGAGACACUGACCUUCACCCCAUUGGACGAUAUGAUCUUUCUGAAGUGGGAGGAGCCUGUGGAGCCCAAUGGGGUCAUCACACAGUAUGAGGUAUGGAACAUGACCCUUAACUUUCCCUUCUGUCUACCUUUUUGCAAUCACGUAUCUAUCUCGGAGUCAAUCUUGAUCUCUAUCUUUCUCUUUUUUUCCCUAUUCAUAUUUUUUUGCUUAUUUUACUGAGAUUUAUCUCUAUCUAUCUCUACUGUGUUGUUGUGUUGUUUUGGGGGGGAGGGGGUUGUUAAAAAAAUACUGAAAUCACCAGGAAUUCAGCUAAAAAUAUAUUUCAUUUAGGAAAUCUGUUCAAGUAUUCCCACAAAUAAAAUAAGAGACUUGAUUGUGACUCAAUGUAAUCAAGGUAUGAAAUGAUCAAAUACAAUCUAUUUUUGGGCUUAGUUUUGGCAAAUUUGCAGUGUACAAAUUAUUAUAAAUGAUGUUCCGGCUUCCUGACCAUCCGCUUCGACAAAAAUCGGCCUGCGGCUGAAUCUAGUUGCCUACCCAUGCAGUACAGUAUACAUGUGCCAUGGUCAUUAAUAAGGAAUGACUGCAGCCCUGCAAUUAUACAGUUGAAGUCGGAAGUUUACAUACACUCAGGUUGGAGUCAUUAAAACUUGUUUUUCAACCACUCCACAAAUUUCUUGUUAACAAACUAUAGGUUUGGCAAGUCGGUUAGGACAUCUACUUUGUGCAUGACACAAGUAAUUUUUCCAACAAUUGUUUACAGACAAAUUAUUUCACUUAUAAUUCACAAUUCCAGUGGGUCAGAAGUUUACAUAUACACUAAGUUGACUGUGCCUUUAAACAGCUUGGAAAAUUCCAGAAAAUGAUGUCAUGGCUUUAGAAGCUUCUGAUAGACUAAUUGACAUCAUGGGAAAAUCAAAAUAAAUCAGCCAAGACCUCAGAAAAAUAAUUGUAUACCUCCACAAGUCUGGUUCAUCCUUGGGAGCAAUUUCCAAACGCCUGAAGUUACCACGUUCAUCUGUACAAACAAUAGUAUGCAAGUAUAAACACCAUGGGACCAUGCAGCUGUCAUACCGCUCAGGAAGGAGAUGCGUUCUGUCUCCUAGAGAUAAACGUACUUUGGUGCGAAAAGUGCAAAUCAAUCCCAGAACAACAGCAAAGGACCUUGUGAAGAUGCUGGAGGAAACAGGUACAAAAGUAUCUAUAUUCACAGUAAAACGAGUCCUAUAUCGACAUAACCUGAAAGGCCGCUCAGCAAGGAAGAAGCCACUGCUCCAAAACCGCCAUAAAAAAGCCAGACAAAGAUCGUACUUUUUGGAUAAAUGUCCUCUGGUUUGAUGAAACAAAAAUAGAACUGUUUGGCCAUAAUGACCAUGGUUAUGUUUGGAGGAAAAAGGGUGUUGCUUGCAAGCCGAAGAACACCAUCCCAACCGUGAAGCACGGGGAUGGCAGCAUCAUGCUGUGGGGGUGCUUUGCUGCAGGAGUGACUGGUGCACUUCACAAAAUAGAUGGCAUCAUGAGGAAGGAAAAUAUUGUGGAUAUAUUGAAGCAACAUCUCAAGACAUCAGUCAAGAAGUUAAAGCUUGGUCGCAAACGGGUCUUCCAAAUGGACAAUGACCCUAAGCAUACUUCCAAAGUUGUGGCAAAAUUGCUUAAGGAUAACAAAGUCAAGGUAUUGGAGUGGCCAUCACAAAGCCCUGACAUCAAUCCUAUAGAAAAUGUGUGAGCAUAACUGAAAAAGUGUGUGCGAGCAAGGAGGCCUACAAACCUGACUCAGUUACACCAGCUCUGUCAGGAGGAAUGGGCCAAAAUUCCCCCAACUUAUUGUGGGAAGCUUGUGGAAGGCUACCCAAAACGUUUGACCCAAGUUAAACAAUUUAAAGGCAAUGCUACCAAAUACUAAUUGAGUGUAUGUAAACUUCUGACCCACUGGGAAUGUGAUGAAAGAAAUAAAAGCUGAAAUAAAUAAUUCUCUCUACUUCUCUUUUUACUAGGAUUAAAUGUCAGGAAUUGUGAAAAACUGAGUUUAAAUGUAUUUGGCUAAGGUUUAUGUAAACUUCCGACUUCAACUGUAUAUAGACAAGCAAUAUAAUUACUUAUUUGCCUAAGAGACACUUUCACAUGGGGGGCAACUUUAAAUGCUUCUAAAUAAUGAUUUAUGUAUGUGUUUACAUGUCCCUGGUCGACCCCGACACAGGCCUCUGUAGCCAACUCUUAGAGCUUACAGGCAGGCUGUGGUGACACAGCUGAAUGAAUGAAAGCUGUCCAGACAGAGACAGGUCUGGGCCUGAGAAGUCUGCUCUGACAGAGAGAGAGUGUGUUGAAAAGGAAGCGACAUGUAAAUAGUGAGAUGGAGAGAGACUGAGAGAUAGAAUGAUGGAAGGAAGAAGCCAUUGGAAUAGAUAUUGAAGGUGAAAUGGAAAAGAGACCAAAUAUAUGGAGAAAGGGAGAAGAUGAAGAGAAGUGAGAAGAUGAAUUUAGGCAGGGUGAAAGAGGGGAGGGAUGGAGGAGUGAGACUAGAUGGUUGAAUCAGGAGAGAGGAGAAUGAGAACCGGGGACGUGUCAGAGCUGCCUGGUGAGAGGAGAGAGAAGAGAGAAGAGAGAGAGGGGAGGAGAGCGAGGGAAAGAAUAAAGAGAAGAGAGGUGAGAGGAACGAUGGAAGAGAGAGAAGAGAGGCACUGCAAACGGGAUCUCUGAGAAAAGAAAGGCGAGAGUGAUGCAGAAAAGAACAGUAGGAGAAAUAAUUGGGGUGUCUGUUGGUUGUCUGUGUGGUGACAGAGGAUACGUUCUGAGUGUUUCCUUCUGUAACACAUGAUGACAACAGGAAUGAUCUCAUUUUGGGCUGCGUGGUGGAGUCACUGUGGGUAAGGGUGCAAGGCAGACAGUCAGAGGCACAGUAACACCACCUCAUUCGUCAAAUCUCUGGUUGACACCCAACAUUGAAACAACCCACAGCAAAACAUCUCUCUCAUCCUCCGACAACAAUAACACUAACCACAACAACAACACCUAUCGAAUGAUCUCAGGUAGCGGAAUCAAAUCUCACCUUGAUUCAUCUAUGUUCACAGUUUGUCAUCAGAGACUACUCAUUGUGAUUCUAUGGUUUGUGUUUUGUUCCCUGUUCCUAAAUCUGUUACAACAACAAUACUCUUACAACAACAACAACACAGCAUUGUGACCCUAUUUGUCUGUGUUUUGUUCCCGGUCUCCAGAUCAGUUACCAGGGCAUCGAGUCAUCCGACCCGGGCAUCAACGUACCGGGCCCUCGUCGUACCGUCUCCAAACUGAGGAACGAGACAUACCACAUGUUCUCUGGCCUGCACCCCGGCACCACCUACCUGGUGUCUGUUAGAGCUCGCACCGCCAAGGGCUUCGGACAGACUGCCCUCACUGAGAUCACCACCAACAUCUCCGGUGAGGGUCUAUGGCAUGAGCGCUGA